AUGAAGUUCACUCUAGGCCUGGGGUCGCGGGCGUGGAGAGUGUCCUGGGAGCGCCCGGCGGCGGGGGCGGGCGGCUGCGCGCUCGGCGGCGGCGCACCGCGAGUUUCCAGCCCGCGGCCCGGCCGCCGCCGCUCUCGGCUCGCGCGCGCCCUCCCUCUAUGCCUCUCCCGCGGCGGCGGCGCCCGAGCUCUCCCGGACUGCGCCGGGCCCAGCCCCGGCCGCCUCGGCGCCAGGCAGCUGGCGGGCCCGCACGCUAUGGAGCAGACAUACGGCGAGGUGAACCAGCUGGGCGGCGUGUUCGUCAACGGCCGCCCCCUGCCCAACGCCAUCCGCUUGCGCAUCGUGGAGCUGGCGCAGCUGGGCAUCCGACCCUGUGACAUCAGCCGGCAGCUUCGCGUAUCCCACGGCUGCGUGAGCAAGAUCCUGGCGCGCUACAACGAGACGGGCUCCAUCCUGCCCGGAGCCAUCGGAGGCAGCAAACCCCGCGUCACGACCCCCAACGUGGUCAAGCACAUCCGGGACUACAAGCAGGGCGACCCUGGCAUUUUUGCCUGGGAGAUCCGCGACCGGCUGCUGGCCGACGGCGUCUGCGACAAGUACAACGUGCCCUCCGUGAGCUCCAUCAGCCGAAUCCUGCGCAAUAAGAUUGGCAGCCUGGCGCAGCCCGGGCCCUACGAGGCGAGCAAGCAGCCGCCACCGCAGCCCGCGCUGCCCUACAACCACAUCUACCAGUACCCCUAUCCCAGCCCUGUGUCGCCCACGGGCGCCAAGAUGGGCAGCCACCACGGGGUCCCGGGCACAGCAGGCCACGUCAGCAUACCCCGUUCGUGGCCCUCGGCGCAUUCGGUCAGCAACAUCCUGGGCAUUCGGACGUUUAUGGAGCAAACAGGGGCCCUGGCUGGGAGCGAAGGGGCCUCCUACUCCCCCAAGAUGGAAGACUGGGCUGCGGUGAACCGCUCGGCCUUCCCGGCCGCGCCCGCCGCCGUCAACGGGCUCGAGAAGCCGGCCCUGGAGGCCGAUGUUAAAUACACUCAGUCCGCCUCCGGCCUCUCGGCGGUGGGCGGCUUCCUGCCGGCCUGCACCUACCCGGCCUCCAACCAGCACGGCGUCUACAGCGCACCGGCCGCCGGCUACCUCGCCCCGGGCCCGCCGUGGCCGCCCGCGCAGCCGCCCCCGCUCGCGCCCCCUGGGGCUGGCGUCACCGUGCACGGCGGGGAGCUGGCCGCAGCGAUGACCUUCAAGCAUCCCAGCCGGGAAGUGGCCGAUCGGAAGCCGUCCAGCCCCGGCGGCAAGGCCGCGGAUGGCCUCAGCAGCUUACACGGACUGCCCAUCCCGGCCUCCACCUCCUAGGGGCAGCGCUGCCGCGAGCGCGAGCGCGAGCCCGGGCCCGGAGCGAGCGCGGACGGGCGGACGGAGCGGCGUGCGCGGGACC